AGGCGGAAAUUUUGGAAACGUUUUGUAGACUUGAGGGUUGUUGUGAGUAACUACUUCCUAAAUUUUUGCCUGUUAUCUUUGGAAAUAACUCCAGAGAAUCGAUCAAACCGUCUUCAUCGAUCCGUAUUAGUCCUCCGUAUCUUUUAGCCACGGAGCUAAAAAGAAGUGUUGCUAAGUUAGAGGUGUCUUUCUCUCCAGGCGGCCGAAGAUCGUUUCUUUACUCCGUUUCAGCGUCAAAUUAAGACUUUAUUUUAUAUCCAAACACCAGUUUAUGUCUUUAUUGAUAUUUAACGUAGUGAGACCAUGGUGGUCCUGAGGGAGGGGAUGUGUCCUGGACUGGAGGAGGGUCUGGUUCGGGACCUUCGAGCUGCUGAUAUUAAAACAGGUCAGUCUGAGAUUAUCAGGAAGUUUAACUUUAAACUGGGACUAACUUUGAUGAAAGGUUUAAUUUAACUAUAAACUGGGACUAACUUUAAUAGAAGUUUAACUUUAAACUGGGACUAACUUUGAUGAAGGGUAUAAUUUAACGUUAAACUGGGACUAACUUUAGUAGAAGUUUAACAUUAAACUGGGACUAACUUUAAUGGAAGGUUUAAUUUAACGUUAAACUGGGACUAACUUUAAUGGAAGGUUUAAUUUAACGUUAAACUGGGACUAACUUUGAUGGAAGUUUAACAUUAAACUGGGACUAACUCUGAUGGUUUCCUGAUGUUACAGUGGAGGACCUGGUCUCAUCUGAUAUGGAGGAGCUGGCUCAGAAAUGCUCCGUGUCCUAUAAGGUAUUUCUGUCUCAUUUUAAUGAAAGAUGUGUCUCAUUUAGUGAGCCGAACCCUGUGAAUGUCAGCUCUGACAGAUUGGUCUGUUUACUGCCUGUUCACUCACAUUUACCUCAUAUAACACACUAACAGCGUCAGGAUGUCCUGUCCUUGUCUCUGCAGGACUGAGUGUAAAAAAAUGACCCAUCAAAGUCGAAUUGUUGUGAUUUACUCACUCCAAAGUACUGCAAUAAUAACAUCUACACCUGCACCAUGUUUAUCUCUGAAAUCCUGGUUUAACCUCAGAGGAAUGAUCAUCUCAGGCUGUUUGAUAGAAAGCACAUGUGACUUAUUUAGUCAGCUGUAGUAUUACUAUGAAAAAAGGUGAUACACUCUCAUAUUUUAACCCCAAAGUAAACAGAGAUGCACACUCUGACAUCCUCGGUAAGUGGUCGACUGAUUAAUGUUUAUCAGUUGUUGUUGUUUAGCAGUAACACUUCACUAUAACAGAGUACGUGUCAAAGACUUGUCAGUGACUGUUAAAUUGAUCUGCUGACAUUAAACGUGUUCACAUCUGAGAGGAUGUUGAUGUUGCGUGACGGCGGCGUCAUAAACGAGGCUGCCUGCAGUGUCUGCAGACUUAAUUAAAUCAUUUUAAUCAGCUCAGAAUAUCAGCUGAUGUCAAACCGAUUAAUCACUCUAUCUCUGGUACUAAUAUUAGCAGAUCAUGGCUUCAAAUUUUACUACACACCCUCCAUGUUAAGGGUCGGUUUUGGUCCGUGUCUUAAAUCAGCUGUAAAUUAAAAACAAUUCUCUAUCAUCUAAUUUGGUUCUCAUCUCUAGGUUACCUUGUUCAGCUUUAUCAUCCAUGAAAAUAUUGAUUAUAAUAGUUUUUGUUGUUGUCCUCUGGGUCUUUUUUUGUCAGUGUACUCCUCACACAGACAUCUAUACUGAACUGAUCUCACGUCUGGACAUGCUGGAUGUCGUUUUUUGUGCAGAGAAAAACAUGGCAAAAUGAGAAUUUCCUAAAUCUGACAUGAUUGGAAGAGGAUCUGACUGUCAGUGCACUUAUGAUUUCAGUUUUUGCUCUAAUUAUUAGAUAUUGAUCUAACCGAGUCAGCAGCAACCCUUACAUGACAAGUGCCAUAACUUUAAUAAGAGCAUUUUAUAAUUUAUUCAAUUUAAUUUUAAAAUUUUUAUUUUGUUGAAAUCCAGUUUCCUGACGAAGUCAAAAAGUCUUAAUGUAAAAAAGCAAAUUUAAGUUUUUCUUUUAAGUAUUUAAAAUCAAAAACGUGUCGGUGCAGACCCUAACACAGGAGGAGGGUUCAUUAUUGGUAUCUGCAAAUAUGAAAGUUUCUGCAAGUAGAAAAAAGGGUACAGUAUUCAACAUGUGCAUGCUGUGACAGUGAAAGAAAGAGAUGUGCAAAUGAAAAAAAUGAGUUUAAAAAUAUCUGCAAAAAUCUAAAAUUGUGCAUCUCGAACCACGAGAGGAUAAAAGUGUGAAAAGGAGCAGCUGUGAUCCGUCAACAUAGAGCUGAAGUGAAGAGAGAGAGCGUCUGUAAAGUAAACACGAGGGCAAAACUGAUCGAUGAAGUUAUUUUCUGAUUGAUUCACAGCGAUUAGACUCUUCAGAUCUCACCUCACAAAUGUGCAGAAGAUUCAGGAUUUGUUUGAACAGCGGCUGAACUCGCGCCUCUUUUUCUGCCCGCUGUGUGUCUCUGCUCUGCCCUCCGUCACAAACACCACAGCGCUCUCCAACUCUCCUCAUUCAUAGAUCGGCAAAUACCGACAUUUAAAGAUCCUUCAAAGAUGCAAAGAAGAGAGACAACAGUUUCACCGGGUCUCUGUACGUUUUCUUUCCUGACCUUUGGACUGUGAAGGUUUCGGGUUUGUUUAUCCACCAAAUCCUUAUGCAUUCAGAUAUCAUCAGGUCUGGAGAACGGUGAUUGAUAUGCAGUCUUUGAGCAUCCUUUCUGCUUGUCUGGGCUUUAUAAUGUCACCCUAGGGGCGAGAGACAGAGAGAGAGAGAGAGAGAAAUAAAAUUAAAAAUAUCCGAAAAGAAAGACGUGUUUCAACUCCUGCACACACAUACACACACACACACACACACACACACACACAGGUAUGGACCGCCCUGACUUGUAGUAAAAAAACAAACAGACACACUCCGUGGAAAAAAAAUAUUUUUCCGUCCUUGGAGUCCCCGCUCUGGUUCUUUUCAUCCGUAUUAAGAGGUAUUUAUAUCAUCCAUUUAGCCUGUAUUAUUCCUGCAGAUACAACCGAAAACUCAGAGGAGGAAAAUGUUCAGAGGUCUGCUUUUUCAUAAGUGGUUCUCAGUAUAUCUAUCUCACGAGUACAGUAAGAGAAGAAACGCUGAAAACACGUCCAGUCAUCUGGGAAGAACUAAAUACUUCUCGCUGCGUGUUUUAAAAACAGAUUGAACUCCAGAAGACGAGGCCAGCUUCUCGUUCUUACUCCAGUUUUGCAGAGAGAGCAGAAGAGACACUUUGUCUGACCCGCUGCUGACCCGCCGGGUAAAUAAACUUUUUUCUUUUUUCCUGGAGAUCAUAAAUACUGCUCCCCACCAAACUUUUUCACAGAUAUAAAAGUGCAAAUAAUCACAACAGAGACCCAGAGGAGGCGUCCAGAUAAAUGUGUGUAGCAGCGGAUCUUUGCGUGGGCGGCGUUCGAAGUCAGCCCGGGCUUUUGUUCGUAUGGACGGAGGAUGGAAGCUUUCCAGUCAGAGAUAGAUCCUCCUCAUGACUUCGUUCAGGGAAACAGAUUUGUAACCUUCUUAUUUGAGGUUAGCAGCUUCUGAGAUUUACAGGAAACAUGUGAGGUAUGUCAGAUAUUAUUAUUACUCUCACUGCAGCUCGUCCAGUAACCGUUAUCUUUCUUUGACCGUCGCUGCCCGCACAAGGUCCAGCCGCAUCUGGGUUUCCUGUCCAGCUUGUUCAGCCUGCAGGCGUCCCCCCACCCACCUCCCUCUGGUCCAUCGGUGUCCUGCUGUUGAUUCAAACCUCUGUUGAACACACAUUACAGCAGGCAGGAGGUCAGCGUGGGGUCACCUGCACUGACGGGCUUAUCUGACAGACAGACAGUCUGCUGCAGGAGUUCAAUUAAAACUGCAUUUGAUUUUAAAACACACACACACACACACACACACACACACACACACACACACACACACACACACACACACACACACCCAUCUGAGGAGCUCUCAUCCUAAACUGGGGCGCCAACAUCCCCACUAAUUGAGACCCAACAGAUUUGCCUUACAUCCCCAAAUAAAUCUCCUCUUUUUGACACGAACUCGGGCAGAAAACCGUCUCCGCCCCGAAGAAGAAGAAGAAGAAACUUACGGAGAGUGUGAGUCUGAUAAACAGCUGUAAACGCUCUCUCUCCCCGCUGACAGCUGGACUUGAUAACAUCCAGUAUCGUGUCCCAGCUGGGUUUAGGAGACUCACGUCCCUGUCUCAGUCCGGGUGUUGAGCACAAACAUCAAAUAGUAUUUUAAUGAAAGGACUGAAACAUGAUUAAAAAACUGAAACUACCUCAAAGGGGGGUGCAGGGUCAGACAUUUAGAGUUUUACUUUUAUUACGCCGUCUGCUAACUUUGAUUUUUUUUUAUUGCAAACAUUUAACAAAGGAGUGAAGUGUAAUAUGAAUAAUAAUAGAAACAAGAAAUAACAAGAAAUGUAAAAAAUAACACCAACGAAGACGAUAACAAGAGAUGAAAACAAAUUUAAAAAAUGAUAAUAAUGGUACAUCAGCAAAAAAGGCAAGCAGAGCAAAAACAGAAAUGAGACAGGAGUAUCAGACACAACUGUUCGAAAUGGACGGUGAGGAAUAUGUUAAUUAUAAUAAUAAAGAAAAACUUAGAGGCAAUUGAACAUGGAAGAAAGUAAGACAAAAUAAUAAUUAGAAAAAUAAUAAUUUAAUAAUAAAAAUUAGAAAAAUAAUAAUAAUGAUAAUAAUAAUAGUACUUCUACUACUACAACUAAUAAUACUAAUAAUACUGAUAAUAAUAAUAAAAAAUGCAAUAUUAAAUGAGAAAAUUAAUAAUAAUAAUAAUAAUAAUAAUAAUAGUAAUAAUAAUAAUAAUAAUAAUAAUAAUAAUAAUAAUAAUAACAAUAAUAAUAAUAAUAAUAAUAAUAAUAAUGCUUUUGAGACAUCACUUGUGAGUUUGGGGGUCGGGCUCACAGGCUCUGAGAAGUAGAGGGGUCCAGGCUGUUUCACAAUAAUGACUUCUGUCUUAGAGAGCAGCUGAGAGCUUUUCCAUAGAUCUGUGUUCUGUAAGGAUGUUUAACCAGUGUGAUGUGUGAAGUUUGUUUUCUUGUUUUCAGUUCCUGAGUUUGGUCUUUUUGGCAGUGGUUAUAGCUAAGGCGCCGUCUACUAACUUUGAUUUACACUUCUAAAUAAAUUUAUAUUUAUGUUCAAAUACCGUCUGUGAAAAUCUGAAGCUGAAGCUGAAAUAAACUCAUGGGUGUUACUUUUCACACAGUUUUGUAGUCAUGAAGUGACAGCAGAGUUCUGCUUUUACAGAAAAUCAUUACGGCUGAACGAGAUCGUCCCGUCUCUGCUGUGGUUUAUGAAGCGCAGCGUUCAGAGCAGAGCGUGUACUUUGACAGUUUCUGACUGAAAUCUGACAGACGGAGGUAAAAAACUAAGAGUGGAGGUUCGAUUUCCUUUCAGCUGUACAGAUGAAGUUGUUAAAUUACUUAAAGAGGAAGAAGAAGUAGAGGACAUGAUCUGAACCCACCUCUGCUCUGACAGAUGUUAACGCUCCGAUUAUCAGUGUGAGUCACAAACGGUCCUCUGCAGUUUAAUGGGAAGGUUUGUUCAGAUGUCCGUAUCACUCCGAUGAGCAGGACGAGCCGUCGUCAUUCAUGGAGGUGAUUAGAAGACAAGUUUUUAUCUUUAACUCUGUUUGAGGUUUCACUUUCAUGUGGAGACUAAAGGUUCAGACUCCAAACUGAUCAUUUAUUCAGGUAAUAAUAUCCACUGUCACUUUGUUAUCUGCAGACGUGUUGUUGUACUUUCCUCAGUCUGUGAUUUUAUUUUUUUCACACAUUUGUUGAAGUUUUCAGACAUUUAAAUAAUAAGUGUCAGUAUAAAAAAGUCAUUUUGAGAAAAGAGACUUUCCAGUGAAUAUUUUUAUAAAACCUGAACGAUGAUAGAAAUAUCUGUUUCUCUGUGAUCUCAUCGUCCUGACGGGAGACUCGAGGGUUUUUCUUGUGAGUUAAAUCCACACUGACUCACUGAUAAUAAUAAUUGAUCUGCAGUUUUACAAUAACUCCAUCAUAAUUUACUACAUCGUGACUGAUAGUCCAACUCGCUGUUUGGUUUCUCAGUCAUUUGGAAAUAUAAAUUAAAGGAAGGGUUAGUUUGCUUCGGCUUCAUAGGAAACAGUUUUUGUUUUUCAGGAUAAAAUUCUACAUAAAGGUUUCAGAUAAUCGGUUCAUUAUAUCAGGUGGACUGAGUCAAAGUAGAAAACUGUCGUUUAGACUCACGAGUGGAAGUUUGUCUUUCUUUGUGGAGAUCAUGGAUGAGGCGUCUCAGACUGCAGAGAGAGCAGAACAAGAUUAUUUAAACAGACUCUGAAACAGCAGGAUCCGGGUUCUGGACUUUACGGAGCGACCCAGAUACUGUAUAUGGAGACCGAGCAAUAAUUAAAAACCAUGAAUGUUGACCUGAAUCCAUUAACUUAACCAUUAAUCAACCAAUAACCAUGACAAAUAACCCAAAUUCAACAGUGAAGAUGCUUCAUUUAAGGCGGGUUUGUUUUUUACUUUUGUAUUUGACUGAAACAUUCAUGACGAGAACAAUCGGACAGAUAAGAACAAAGAAAUCAAAUAUACAUUUAUCCUGCAUUGAUUUAUUUCCACACAGAAAUGUGGUCGUGAGAGAGAGAAGAUUAAAAAGACGAAACAAAAAGGAAAAAAGACGAUCAGACGACUGAAGACCACCUCAGUUAGAGACUGACUGAACCACGGCGGUCUGUAAAUAUAAACAUCCAUGGUUACCUUUAACAGAGGCGACAUUCAAACCUCAUAAUCUUAGAAAAACAGUCUUAAUCUCUCCUGACUAAUCCACAACACUAAAGGGUUGUUUCGCUCAAAUGUAGUUUCCACGUAGUUUCCCUCUCCACGUUAGUUUUUAGCGUUUGGACUCCUCUGAGUAAAAUCACUUUAAGCAGCAGAUUAAAUCUCCAUGUGGAGUCAAACUGAAGUGUUUCACAGACGUUUACACGAGGAAACGAGGUUAACAGAGAGAGAGAAGAGUUUGGUCGUGGCAAAUUGAAAUAGUAGAAUCCCAAUCUCAGCCUCCCACUCAGGAAGUCGUGAGCAUAUUUGUUGUCGAUGUUUUCUCUUCAGUGGACGACCUGCUCGCUCCGUUCAAAAGUGUCUCACUCCAGAUAUUCUCAAAGUGACUCCACAGAACGGUGUAGAUAUCUCAGACGGUGUGAAAAAUCCUCCCACUCACUUCAAAACAAGACAAAUUUUGUACCUCCUGCUUUUGGAAUUACUCCGCUCACGGCUCAUUUGUGCAGAAAACCACCCAAUCUGGCAGCGAAGGAAGCCCGGGGUCCUCAAGUACACAUGUAGUUCCAGAUCGACGCGGCGUUCCUGUGUGCAUCAUGUGCUGUGUUUUUUUUCUAUUUCAGGCUCUGUUUGCCAUCCGGCGAGUGCUGUUGGCCCAGCACACAGCGUUCCCCGUGUCAGGAGCUGAUCUGUACGAAGAACUAUUGAGCUCGACAGCCAUCCUCUCCACAGGAAACCCCAGGUAAAGACAAUAGUGCACACACAGCAGCAGAGCACACGGCUUUGUCUUCCAGGCUCCGGAGGGGAUUUAACCGGGGGGCUCGAGAGCUGAAAGGAAGGUUCACCUCCAAAAAUCAAAAAUGUCUUCCUGAGGACAGCUCCACAUGUUUAUUUCAGAGGCAGCAGGGGUUAUUUAUCGGUGAAGCUCCUCCAUGUCACGACCACGAACGAGACGGGUUAGAAGUGCUUUAGUGGGAGAAAGAAAAGGUUCGAGUUUGGAGCUGAACUCUGAUUCCGUGAAGCUGUGUUGAUUCUCAAAAUCUUAGAGUUUAGAGGGAAUUAUUGAGUGUCAUCACACAGACUAUGAACUGUAGAUACACAAACCAAUCCUCCUGAUUCAAUAUUAUAUUUAAGUCAACUUUGGGUUGAUACAGACUCGUCCCUUUAGUACAGACAUAAUCUCAGAUUCUUAGUUUUGAUGAUAUGUUUCAUUUAAUUUUUUCAUUACCAGGUAGUACAUGUUGCUCAUAGCGCACCACCACGGCUAAAUAAAAGCCGCCACACCUAAAAAAAUUCAGUUUUUAUCUCACAUAGUUCUACCUCGGACUCAUAUGUAUCAGCAGUGUUUCCUCUACAUUCAUUCGCCGCUGCUAAAUUAUAAUCACCGCUACUGAAAUUUCACAUGAUCAUUAAUAUCAAUGCUCCACCAAUGAUUCUACUCUCACUGUGUGAGCACAACAACACACAACGUUAUUUCUGACUUGUUUUCAAUCAACGAGCGCAUCAAAUCCCGUCGGACCCUCUUCCACUAAUGUGAAGGGUAACGUUUCAUCUUACACACGGUCUGUAUGGUAUUCAUCACUGUUCAGCCCCACAAAUAAGAACUGUUUGGGUUUGAAACUGGACAUUUCCAAGGACCACUCUACUAUAUGCAGUGUGCGUUUCCGCGAGGUGGAUGUAAUUCUCGGCUGACAUGCAUUUCUCAGCACAACAUCGGUAAGAACAACAACGAUUGAAAAAUGAGAAACGAACAAGAGAAAACCACCAAAGAUGAAGACGAUGGUAAAAAGAGAAUCAAUGUCAGUUAUCUGGAAUUAUUUCAGUUCUAAGGAUGACUAAAACACGUGUUCUGUGUUCAUCUGUUUCCACAAUAACGUCCAGAACAAUAAAAACUAAAAAUAUCUCUGAGACAGACAGAAGACAGUCUACUAACAUUCACUAAAGAGGGAAGAUCAGAGCAGGUUAACUGUCCUCAAGAUCUCAGCAGAAACUCAGAUUCAGAUCAUCUGAGGAAAAUUACUCUGUUUUUAAUAUCGUCAUAAAUAUCGCAGGGUUGAAAAAAAUUGCAAUGUUAGUUUUUUCCGAUAUCGUGCAGCCCUACUGGUAUGGAUCUGAAAUUGUUUUCAUUAUGGCCUUAAAAAGUCUUAAAUUUGACUGGUUAAAACCUGCAGAAACCCUGAUAUUUAUGUAUUUUCAGUAUUUCCUUUUCUCUGCACUUUUAUAAGGAGUAUUAUUAUGAAGACCUGUAAACUCGUGUCCUCACUGUUAUUGUAAAUCGUCGUUUCAGUCACUCUCAUCAUGUUUUAGGUUUUAUUAUUCAGGUUUGCAGAGAAGUGCUCAACGAUAUCAUGAAAAACAAACAGGUAGAAUCGAUAGUAUUGUACAUUACCAAAGAUGUUUUGCAACCUGAUUCGUCUGCAUUGAUCCUCUUUUAUCAAACUAAAAUGUUUUGGGUCUCGCUGUUACCGAGUUAGCAUUGACCCGCGGGGCAGAAUAUGCAUCUGCAGUAUGAGAGCUGUGGUUAUAAAUACAGCAGAGCACUGAUGGCCUGUGUGCGACAUUUUAGCUGCUAAAACAGACUUCUUCUUCCUCCUCUUCCUCUUCUCCUUCUUCUUCUUGUUGUUCCAUUUGGCUUAAGUGGAUCCUGAUAUAUCAGCUGCCUUAAGCUGGCCUCCCGCCUGCCGCACCACUUUCUGCAGAAAUACUCCCUCCAAAGUGCUCGAAAACAUUUGAUGACUUGAGAGGAAUCCAGACUCCCCCUCUGCUGCCUGGAUGGUAUUACCCUCCCAAAGUAUCUCAGUCCAAAUAAAAAAAGAGGACCUGACGUUUAGUAAAAGCUUUGCACAGAAAUAUGUGCCGCUGUGAUGAGACUCAGUAUCUGUGAGCAGCUGGAGGAACACAUAUUUCAGGAGUGAAAUAUCCUGAAAUCGGAGGGAAAGUCCUGCAGUGAGAGCUCAGGCGGCCCUGGACCAAUCAGUGAAGUCGGCCAGCAUGGUGUAAUUUAUAGGGUGAUGGUCUUUUUACAGCUAAACCCACAGUUCCAGCGUAAUUAACAAGCACAGGUGUGUUUAGUCUCUUCAUGGCUCGUUUGAAGUGGGUUUCAUAAAUUAGUUAGUUCUCUGGAUUACUGAUAUGAAACUAAAGCAGUCCUGUGGGCUGGAGCCGGCGGCGCCUGAUCUGUGUAUCUUGACUGCUCUCUACUGGCGAGGGGAAGAACUGCAGGCUGUACAUGCAGAGACAGAGACGAACACAGAGGCAGAAACCGACUCCAGCACAACAUCAGCGUCAUGAAGCGGCUCUUCAAGUCUGUGUUUGGAAAGUAAUUCUGAACAUUUUUGACCAAAUCCAAAAAUAUCCUCCAGAUCUUAAAGUCAGUCACCUUUCUGUGUCUCUGUCUGUCUGAGGAGGUAACCUCGUUCUUGGAGGAACCUUCUCUGGAAACAAACACAACAAUUACAGGGGAGGAUUUAGCGUUCAGAGUAGAUGAAGGUGGUUGUUUCGCAGGAUUAUUUAGGCUUGCAGAAAUAAAACAUUACGGUCGUAAAUAAUUGAAAAAAUCAAUCAUGUGGAGAGUCAAAAGAUAUCAGGGACCGUGAGAGACCAUAAUCUGUCCUAAAAAACAACAUGAUAAAAAACGUCUCAUGCUAAUGUCAAACAGGUUUUUAGAGUUAAAUCCACAGAUUACUGACAGGUCAACCUAACAGAGAAGUUUAAUCAACGUUAUUAAAAUAAUCUGUUUCCAAUCUGUAAUGUUUCCCAUCAAACACACGAUACCAUCACUGUAAACACUUUAGAGCUUUUUCCAACAUUGAGAGAACAAAGAGUUAAUUUCAAUAUGCCAAUAAUUAUCGGAGCAUUAUUCAUGUUUUCUCUGUUCAGACUUUUCCCACCUGCAGCCCUGGAGACUCUACACGACGUCCAAACUUCUCUUCCACGUCCAGCCGUGUCUGCUGCUCCAGCGUUUUGUUGAUGAUGUUUCCUGAGAGAGAUUUAAAGACAGAGAUGGUCAGAAACUGUUGGAUUCUGUCUCAUUCGGCCAGCGUCUGUGUGAUAUCAAAACUACACUGUGUUAUCGUCGAACGGUAAAACUCGUACGCUGAUAGAAACAAACAAACGUCCUUGGUUGAAUGUUCCCGAACGUUUUAGCUGUGUCUGCAGAUACUGAGAAUAAAAGCGUCUCUUUGGCAUCACAGACACAUUUACAGACACAAAUGCAGCUUUUAUUUCAUCUCAUAUAAAGAGGGAAACACAAAGACAGCAGCAUCGUUUAUAACAAAUAAAAAAGGUGAAGAUAUUCUGGAGCAAUGAGACUCGAUCAGAUCAGGAUUUGUCUCACAAACGGCUGAGGAUGGUGUGGAGCUGUCAUCAGCUGACACUAUAACAGCAUAAAGGUGUUUUGAUGAUAUUCACAGACCCGUGCAGAAAUAUGUAGGUGUGCACUCGUGAUCAAUUCACCGUCAAAGAGCGGCAAAGAUGGUCUUCUUCUUUCCUGGAUCAGUCUGUCUUUGUUUCUAGUUUUGCUGUUGAAUCGUUGAACUCGUCUUAACACGGCUGAAGGAUCCUUCCUAAUCUUGGUGCAGAAUCAAACAAACUUCUACGUUGGUCUUCUCAGAUGUUCUGGUGUCGUGAGCGUUCACUCAGGAUGGCUUUGGUUGCAGCACAUGUCCUUCAUUUUUGUAGAGAACCAUCUCUUGUAUUAAAGAGCGCCGUUCGAUGGUCAGGUUCCGGUUCUGAGUAGUUUCUCUGCAGUGUGAGUUUUUAAUAGAUGCUGAAAAACAGCAGAAGAAGAGAGGAAGUGAAGCGCUAAAACACAAACUUCAGUAUGGUCUCGUGUUGUAGGUCGUUUCAUCUCGAUAUCUUAUCCCAUAUCACCGACUCUCCUCAUGUCCUCAACCCUGUCCAGGUUUAUAUCGUCUUCUUCUCACCCUGUCCAUUUAAAGAAGAAGACUUACCUGUGAAAAAGACAUCUGCUUCUUGUCAAACUAAAACCUCGUGGACUAAAUAAACAUCUGAACGAGACGCUUGAACUCCCAAACUCCUUUUUUAUUCGCUCAUCGCUGGUUCAGAGCUCUAAAAUACAAAGCCCAGCAAAAUUACCCUGAAGGGGAAACACUGUUUUUCUGACAGUGUUUUGUCAAAACGUUUUCAUGGAUAACAGCGAGGGAGGAAAUGUCCAAAUCCAGAAAGAGUUUCUGAUUGAUUUCUCCUUGAAAAGAAAAUGAGACCGAACAACAGAAUCAGUUUUUUGUGGUUUCCACUCCAAUCAUACUCUCUGAUGAAAACCUUCACUCCAGAGAAGUCUGAUCGCCGCCCACGGGAAAUUCACGGUCUGUGCUUUUUCAAGGACAAUCACUUUCACCUCUCUGAGACCUCACAGCCGCUCAACCUGAUGUUUCAUCUACGGUGUCAGGGACAGGCGGGACUAAUCCACAAAUGUCCAACCGCACCAAUUCUUCUCUUCUCAAUCAAGCCCAGCUGAUAAGAACCACCAUCCACCAACCUCAGGCUUCCCCUCCAGGCUGGGGGACCUCGGUUAUGUAGAUUUAACGGCCCGGCUGUCACAUCCGUCAUCAGACGUACGGGGAGGAUGAUGAGAUCACACAAACUGCAGAGAUCGUUGGCCUGAACGAACGUCAGCGCGGACAAAUCCAAACACGUCUCCUCUGAAAGACGAGCAACAACAUCAACAGAGUCAGCAACAACAGCCCGACUUUGUUUUCUGUCACCAGAGACAGAGGCGGAUCAGCAGCUGACGGUUUCUGCUCCUCUGAGCUGUGGACAGAUUUGGGUCACCGCUCAAAACAUGUGAGGUUUGAUUCCAUCUAAAGCUCCGACCGAAACCAACAACACCGAUGGACGCAAACCGACAUGAAAAACAUGAGAGACGAGUAUUUAAACACGAGACUGAUUCUCAAAAAAACAGUUUUCAAUAAAUAAUGAGGAGUUCACGUACAGAGAUAAUCGUGUGUUUGAACCACACACUGUUUAAAAGCCUCGCUAAAAUCAACGUGAAGAUGUUCAACACUACUGGGCAAUAUUGCGUCUUCCUCCAAGAACGCAGAAAUACCGAGAGCUUUUCAGCUUCAAAUCCGUAAACUAGAGGAAGGAGGAACCAAGUUGUCCAGAGUAAAUACAGACUAUGGGCAACUCAGCAUCUUAGUAUGACCGCAGCGUUGUUACUGGGAUUGGAUUUUCAGGACUGAUAACGAUCGCUUGUAGCUAAUGAAGCGAAUAAAUGAUGUUAGGAACCAAUAAGCAGUGACCUUAAACAUCAUGUAGAGGAGUUAACUGUGAGUAAGUGGGACUAUAUUCAUCGUAUCUCUCUGGAAGAUCUCUCCAUGGGUGAUAGCAUCUCAGAACAAUCCUUCACUUUACUUUGGUGUUCCACAGGGAUCUGUUCUGGGACCUCAGUGGCUUGUUUGUCCGAACAAUCAUGGUACUCUAAUUUCUGGACUGAUCACCCUGCACUUUGGUCACUCAGAGUCCUUCAGGAGGUAAAAAGGUUCCUCUAUUAGGGUCCCAAGACGUUUAAAAAAAGGGGGCGGUUCCUACUGUUUGUCGAACUCUGAAAAAGUUCCUGUAAAAAGUCCAAAAAAAUUUGUGUUGGUUUACAGUUCAGGAACUUCACUGUAACUGUAACAUGAGUCUGGUCCUGGUCCUGGUCCAGAUCGGCUCUUUUUGUUCAGCAUCUUUAUUGACAGUUAGUUGUGAUUUGUGGGCGACAUAUAAAAAGAUCUGAUUGAUUGAUUGAUGAUGUUUUUCCAGGUUCUCUGUCAUGUUUCAGCCUUAAGUGGCGGACAGCUGUGUGGACAAACGUGACGACGCUCCUCUGACUCUUCUUGGCAGCGGUGUUGUUGUAUUUGUAGAGAAAGGUUAGAGUAGGACAGACGUUUGAUUGGCUGCUGACUGUUAAAGUUUUAACCUUGUAACCCGAUCCCCUUCUGUCCUUUCUCUCCUCCCUCCGUUCAGGUGAAAAUUAACGGUCCUCCUCUGAUUUAUGGUCCAAGUUUCCUGGAGAGUGAACACAUAAAAAGUGCAGAGACUCUGAGGUGUGUGUGAGUGUGUGUGUGUGUGUGUGUGUGUGUGUGUGUGUGUGUGUGGGGGUCUUCUUGUAUAAACAGCCCGGGGUGUGUAAAGGUAUGAGUUCAGUGGAGAUUUACCUAUGCAGCUACAAAGCCGCCAUGACAAGACUGACAAGGUCGGAAAUCUUCUCUCGGUUCAUCCCCGUGGGCAGACGGCGUUUAAGUAUCAUCUCUGGAUGUUGCUGGUUUUAGCUCCAGGCGCUUCUUCUGAAGAAAGCCUCGCAGAUGUUGUAGUUUAGACGGAGGAACAUUUUCUGAACCCUCCUUGGAGUAAAAACUGGAAAACUACAUAAACUCUGAGAAAAGGAGGAUGUCACAGGAAGUGAUUGAGUUUAAAGGGAGUAAAACUAAUUUAGGGUCAAACCCACCGUAACACAGAGUUAGACCCCCCCUCAGAGAUGAAUGUUGUCGACCGCUUCCUUCUCUAGUUAUACCAACUUUAGUAACGACCGCAGGAUAGAAAUACAGAGAGCCACGCCCUCAACCAAAACGCCACUCUAUAGCCUCAAAUAAUGCUCAGAACAGCACCUAACUUCAUCAACAGGACAUAUAGGGUCACAGACAUAGUACUAUACUCAGAGUUGUUCUAACUCCUAAGAAAACAUAAACUUCAGAUCUCCACUUCUGUCGUCUAUAAGCUGGGCCAAGAAACUUCUACUGUAGUGAAAUUAAAAGGUAAAGGUGUUUUUAUUGAGCCGAAUUAUCAAUAAAAUCAUGAUUUUGUUAACAGGUAUGAAUAUAUGUGCUGUCGAGUUAAUAUUUUCGAACAAGAGCACAGUAAAGUUAAAUCAGCUAAUUUUCCAAUGAGGUUCUGUUACUAAACAGAACUACACCAUGAUCUUCUCAGGUUAGUACAUAUAGGGUCACAGACAUAGUACUAGACACCAAACAUCUUUUUAACUUUGACUCAUUUCUUUAACAAAGAGACUAAACACAACUCACCUACUCUCUUCCAGCAGACGCUUGUUUGUAGAGAGACCUCAGGCCAGUCCAUUAUGGACUACAGCGGGGUGACACAGCUCAAGGAAGAACAUUUAUGAUCAUUUCUUUAUCAUUUCCUUGAAGUAAUAAUCACCAUAUUAAUCGUUUUACAGACGCGGUAGUUCUUCUGUCUUAGCGUCUCGGUCUGAUUGUAUUUCCAUGAAGAAAUGAUCAUAAGGGUUUCUAGGAUCCCAUCAGAGGAACCUUUUCAAAUAACAGACUGACCAAAUCAUCUUCAUUCAGGAUCCACUUUUGACCUUUCAGGACCUUUUCAAACUCAUUUCAUGUCUCGCUGAUAAAAACUGUUUGUGUGACCUGCUGAAACCGGACUGAUCUGCUCUCUGUGUGUCAUUUUGGAGAGGAGUCUGGCUGACGUGGUCUGGACUAGCUUUAAAGACCCUAGUCCACAUUAUCUUCCCUGUCUCUCUGCUCCUCAUGUUUCAGCUUUCUUAUCUAAAGAAGGUAAAAGUGCCCAAAAAUAUCAAACUGUCAGACUUUCAAAGCUUGGAUCAUGCAGAUACUUACCGAGGUGGAUACCUGCAGAAAAAUAAAGGUACAGAUGACAUGUUUGUGUUCCUGUACACCCACUGGACCCAGGUUGGUCUGGAUCAGCCUUAUAGAUCUUCAGUACAGAUACCUCACAGACUGGCCUCCAGCCUACAGUCUCUCUCUCUCUCUCUCACAUAAACGGAGAGCCUGAGAAGAAGCCGAGCAUGUCGAUGGAUUCAGUCUGAGAGACUCGUCAGUCUCUGAGCUCCAUAAGAAAAAAUGAAACGGCGUCUGAAAGGAUGACUUGUCCAAACGUGUGAGGAGUGGUCUGGAGCUUAAUGGAGCUGCUGGUCUGCAGGUUUAGUGGGCUCUAAUAGUUUAUUACAGGAGAUGGCAGCUCUGAGUAAUGACUCCUACCUUGUUUCUUGCAGCUUAGAUAAACUGCUGGAUUCGGGCUUGUAUACUGGCGAGAUAACGGAGCUGUCGGGAGGCCCGGGGAGUGGAAAAUCUCAGGUGAACAUUUUCCUCCCCUCCCUCUCUAUCGCUGAUAAUUUCAGCCUCAUAAAUUCCCUCCUUUAAGCUAAUCUCUUCUUCAGUAGGAUGGGAAAUUACUCUCUGUCUGGAGUUAAACUUAUCAGACUUUCAUUUUUGCACUCGUACAGAUUCAAUAAGCCGCGUUAAAGCGCCUGUUUCCGUCUGUUUCAGGUGUGCUUCGGUGUCGCGGUGCACAUUUCCUUCCACCUGAAACAGAGCGUGAUCUUCAUCGAUACGACAGGAGGCUUCACUGCCAGCCGCCUGCUUCAGAUGCUUCAAACUGAGACCAGGAACACGGAGGAGCAGGUGGGCUGUCAGGGUUCGAAACUUCGACACUGAUUACAUGAGAGGUGAUGAAAACAAUAAAGUCUGAUUUCACAGAUGGAAGCUCUGCAGAGGAUCCACGUCUUCCGCCUGUUUGACGUCUACGCUCUGCUCGACUGUCUCUACAGUCUUCGUGGUGGCGGGCUUCAGCAGGUUUGUUUGUUUCCUCGCCUUUAUUCCUAAAGUACCCCCCCACACACACACACACCUGUACCUGAGAGACGCGGUGAAGGACAGAUCCAAAUUUGAGCUAUCUCAUUUUGUCAUAUUUCGCAUUAGGCGUCUGUCGGCGGUGGAUCUGUCAAGGCGGUGAUCGUGGACUCGGUGUCAGCUGUUAUCUCUCCUCUACUGGGAGGCAAACCGAAUGAAGGUGAUAUCUCCUUUUACUGGUCCAUCAUCGUCCAUCAUACCUGCGGCUGUGUUUACACCUGAGCCUGCAAACUCCAAGUGUCUGUCUGUUAUCUGCUAAAUAAAUCUCACAGCAGGGCUCUCACAUAUUUACAGACAUGACACCUGAGUUAACAGACGUCAUCAGAGAGAUUGUUCUGUCGUGUUAGAAACACCUCCGUUGGAAAUGUCAGAGUUCUCCAACACUUAGAAAUGAAGCUGUUUGAAGGAACGACGACAGCUCUGAGCCUCAGAUAAAGUUUAUUUAUAAUCUCUGCUGCUCUUCUCCGAUCUCUGAAUUAUCAACAAACUUUGCUGGUUUAUGAAACUACAGGUCGAUUCUUGAGGGUCUGAGUCUGCUCACAGAUACUGUUGAAGAAAACAAAAUCACCCCUAAUUUCUACCGCAGCCUGAUCGUCUCCUAAAAGGUCGUAUCCUCCGAUCGUAGCUGAUCGUAACCAUUCAAGUUAACGUGUCAAUUUACACCGACUUCGGUGGAAUCGCCGGACUCCUCAGCUGAUCGCAAGAGUUUAAGUGAAAGGUUUUUAGACGUCAUUUCACCCCGAUGACACCAUGGAUGAGGAGAUGCUGAUUCUAGAAGUCUAGAAGUAGAUUUCCUCCUCUGGAAGGACACAAUCUACUGCUUAUAUAUCUAUGUGUCUGUCUUUAUAGAGACAACUCGUUAUUGUGCGAUUGAAUAUAAAUCGGCGAGUUCUUGUGAUUACUGCUGUCUGUAAUCGACCAUGAAAUUAGAACACACCCUGUGGUAGUAAAUAAGAGUAAAAGGUAAAAAAAAAAAACAGAAUUCUAUAAAAAUUAAAACGGAAAAAUGGAAUUUGGGAAAAAAAUAAAACCGUUUUUAUUUUGCCGUAGUUCCACAACAACACAUUUGUUCAGUGUGGCGAACAUUAGCAAAGCUCACACCAUCUACUAGUUUAACAUCCACAGUCCUGUUACGCAAUUCCAACUGACAUACGAGCGCGUCGACUAGUAACGGUGAAUGUAGAUAAGGAGCUACUACCCAAAACUGCUGUCAGUGGACACAGGCCCUUAAAUGAGUAAUGUAAAGAGCACCUGAGACUCUUCCUGUGGGGUCCAUGAGUGUCUGCUGUAAAUUUCAGGAGACCCCGUCUUUGUUUUUACUCUGAGUACCAAAGUCAAGGACUGUCUGACAUUGUCAUUCCAGAGCUGCGCUGAGCUGCGCCGUGGCGUUAUUCAGCCUGAAGAAUAUUAAAGACUGUAAAUAGUCGGACAGUCCUCUGCUGCCUCACUUCCUCAUUAAACACCAUCAAAAGACGUGAAGAGCAUUCUGCCCACGAACUCACCCUCUCUGCAACUUUGCUGCGCCUGCAGGCAUGUCCUUGAUGAUCCAAGUGGCAGGAGUUCUGAAGACGAUGGCGAAGGACUUCAACGUCGCCGCUUUGGUAAGGAUGACGCUCUCUGACGGGCGCUGCUCGAAAUGCAAGAAGUGUCUCUGCUGUCAGUCUAAAACUCUUUCACACUUCCUCCUCUUAUUCUUGUGAGACCUGGAGUGGAGAGUAAACACGUUUCAUCUCGUUUGGGUCAGAGAAAUAAAAAAAAACUGAAGGUUUGGUGUUUCUGACGACAAAGAUCUGUGUGUGUGUGAGUUCAGGUGUGUUUGACUGCAGGAUGUAAUUCUGUAAAACACAAACUAAUCACAUUCAAAAGCAUUCAGCAAAGAAACUGUGCCGUCACCUCGAAUCAUUAAGUGAGAUAAAGAUCGUUUGAUUGGCUCUUUGACGGUCCCGCCUGAUUAGAAGUGUCCUACUUCAUCAAUCGUUCUGUCUCCUCCUCAUUAAACCAUAAAACACUGUGAAGUCACGCAGUCAGAGCCCCCGGAGAGAAAAUCAACUCUAAAGAUGACGCUUUCUGGGCCUGCAGGUUACUAACUACCUGACGAGGAGCGGCGGCGGCGAGGUGCAGCCGGGCCUCGGCGUGUCGUGGAGUCACAUCCCCAGAACCAGACUGCUGCUGGAGCGGGUGGACAAGGCGGCGGUUUUCAGCCCCUCCAGUCUGCGCUCUGCGACACUGAUCAAGUCUUCCAGACAGGUACGGCGCUCAGCAUUGACUUUCAGGACAGCCGGCUCAGUAUUGAUCUCGCCAAAGGGGUUCGGUUGAGAGGGAAAUGCCAAAGCGUUAAAAGUUCAAGUUGGUUAAAGCUGAAGUUUGUUUUUUUUACAAACUGGUGUCCAUGAGAAAGUCUGUAUUUUUGUUGACAGGACAGAUUUUAAAGGUUUGUAAAUCAGAGAAAAUAUCAGAAAAUAUGAGUUUGUUUGUUUUUAUGAAAAGUACCUCUUUUUUUUUAUAAAAUGUUGAUGCAGGAAUAACGAAGCACCAGAGGAGAUGUGUGUAAUGUUAAAAAAAAAAAAAGCAGGUUAGAAAUACGACUGUGUGAAAUUAAGAACAUUCAGAGAGGAAGUCUCUAACAGUUACCCAGGAUUUACACCGCAUCCGGAACAGUGGUGAUGUUCGCCGUCCGCCAAUUCCUACUGGAUCCGUUUGUGAGGUGAAUUUCGUGGUGGAUUAUGGACAGCAGGAAUCACGAGAACUCAAAGAACCCGAGGAUUCACGUCCAAUCCCGUGAUAUCGAGUUGUCUCUCUAAAGACAGACACAUAGACAUAUAAGCAGUAGAUUGUGUCCUUCCAGAGGAGGAAAUCUACUUCUAGACUUCUAGAAUCAGCAUCUCCUCAUCCAUGGUGUCAUCGGGGUGAAAUGACGUCUAAAAACCUUUCACUUGUUCGUCUCCGCCCGUUUGCAUGGUGUGAAAUACGAUCCUCCUGAAACACGGAGUGUUUUAUUUUGAAAAGAAGCCGGAUGUUUUAUUUUGAAGUCUGUGCCCGACUUCCUUUCCAGCACGGGUUAAUCUGUGCUGAAUUUAUCCGCCAUGCUCCGGCGUCCAGAAAAAAUAGAACUCUUGUGAUCAGCUGAGGAGUCCGGCGAUCCGCAGAGGAACGGAAAGAAGUCGGUGUAAAUUGACACGUUAACUUGAAUGGUUACGAUCAGCUACGAUGAAAAUGGGGGGUUAGGAUGGGAAGAGGAGCAUCACUCUGCAUUAAAAACAAACAUGACUCUGUAGUGGAAGUCACCGCAUGAGCUCAUCUCUGCAUCCAUGAAUGAGGGUCAAACUUCAACCAUAGAUUUAAACAUGAUCUGGACUGUUUAAACUGGACUGAGAGGAUGUGGAAGUCAAAAUCUGAGUCUGUGUCCCGGGUAUCUUCCUCAUCUGUGAAGGUUCCUUUAAUCCUGAACAACAUCUGCAGGUUUAGGAGAAUCAGGAGUCAUUUCACUGUCUCUGCAGAGUUUUCAGUAAAAUCAUCAAAAGUGCUUCGAUCGUCUUCCUCUAAACUCCUUUUUGUUUGUAUCUGAAAUCGUCGCUCUGUAAGAUGUUAAUGAGAGAAGUGUGUCAGCUUCUACUUCUCCAACCGUCUAUAUCUACGCUCACGUCCUGGUCCAGGGUCCAAAGUCAUGUAAGGGGCCUGCGAUGUGACAGAAACCCAAACCCAGAGUGAUCAUCCAUCAAACCUCCGAGUCUUUGGUUUGAAGUGGAUUCUUCGCAGCCGCCUGUCUGGCGUCUAUUUGAAGCUGUGAUAUCUCUCAUUGUGGACCACAGGGAUAAUUACUGCUCAUCAAAGUCUUUCCAUCGCGCCUGUUCUUCAGAUGAUCUCCUUUUUUCUCCUUCAAAGCUCCCAUCUAAGUUCCGAACAUUCACUGGGUUUUUAGGCUGAACUUCUAUAAAGACAGUUAGAGCGGUUUUACUGGGAACUGAAAAUACGCUUUCAAUCAAAGAGGCUCCGACGCUUUUAUUCACAUAUUUGAUUUGGAGUGGGGGUCCUCUCAUAUUCAGGGUCGAGUCUUUUGGGUCCGUAUUUGUGUGAGCAGAGUGAAACUGAGGCCCGCUUCAGUCCCAGCCUCAGAACCAGGAGGAUGAAAGACGAGGAAACUUUGCUGUCGGAGCAAAAGAGGACGAGAAAACUGACGACGGAGGACGAGUUUUCACAUCCGCUCUGCAGAGUUAUGACCGCAGCAGAGAGAGACGGACGGAUAAGGAGUUUAAUCUGUCAAUAAAAACACUAAACCAAUGAUAAAAACAAGGCGUUAAAGAUGAAAUAAACAACAGAAUAGACCAAGAAAAUUAAAAUAACUAAACUAAUCAAUUCUGAACAGGUCGGUCUUUAAAAGUCUGAAUAUUUGAGGAUCCUCUCAGAUCCUCGACAGACUGAUCCAGAGUCCUGAUGGAGCGUAAAGACUGACGCCACCAAAGAUCUGUGAGAUGUAGUCUGGAGGAGGAGGUCCUGGUACAGAGACUUUCAGACAGGAGGUCUGGGUGAUCUCCUUCUGCAGUGUUCAGGAUGAUCUGCAGCAGGUUUCUGGUCCUCUUUGGUAGACCAGUAAGGAGAACAGUACUAAAGUCUAACCUGCAGACAUGAGACUCUGAGAUCUUUAAAAACGCUUUUAAACCUGGAGACAGUUUUAGUCUGUGGGUCACAGCGGCGUCAGUCAGCUGAGAUUAAACUAUUUAACUCAAGUCUCUUAAAUUUGGGUUUAAAGUACAACCCGUUAAUAAAACUCUGAUUUAACUCUUAAACUCUUUAAAAUGUUCAGAUGUUUUUAGAAAACAAGGAGAAUUCCUCACAGGUUUGAUCGUUCAGUCUGUCUUCAGUUUUUUUAAAUCGUCUGUUAGGAGAUUAAAAACAUCCACCAGCCUGAACCCAGAACCUUUAAAAAUAGAGACAGAUGAAGGUUUUGUGUGUUUGAUCGAGUUCAUCAGCGCUCUUCUUCUUCUUCCUCUUCAGCGCUGUCACAUCAGAGCAGAGUUCGACCUGAAGUGGUGGAGUCGCUCUGAAGACACGUCAUCUUCACGAAAAAGAAAACUGGAGGAGACGGAUUCCUGACGAGGGAGAAAUCCUUGGUGUUAACGUCUCCUCAGAGAUUUCAGGUGCGGAAGUCUGUGAAAUGCUGACGUCGUCAUUUUUCCUCCUAAAUAUAGAAGUGAUUGAAGCUUUUAUUCUGAAAGUCUCUCCUUCCUCAGAGUCUCUGUGGUUCUUGAUUGCAUGAAUAUUUCAGUUUGAUUUCAGGACGUUUAUUCUCUCCACUCUGAACCAAACUGGGCUCGGCCCCGCCUCCUCCUGAAACCUCACAGUCUCAGCUGACCUCUAUCAGCUGAUGGAGGUCAAAGGUGUCGACAAGAACUCCUGAUAAACCGCCUUAAAUAAACCUGCUGUAAAACUGCGAGUUCAUAGUGGUGGUUCAUUUAAAGGUGUUGUAGUCAGGAUCUGAGGAGGUUCCAGUUUUUAGGAGAAAUCUUGAAUGUAAACUCUACCCCUCCAAACCAGUUUUCCCCUCAGCUCCUCCUCUCCCCUCAAGCCCCGCCCACAAACAGACGCUCCUGCUCGCUCGUAUCGUUCCAAUUAAAUUCAGAUAUAAUGCAGAUAAAUACUUCAGAUCAUUACAAAUGGGGCCCAGUCAAGGUGAAAGUCAAAAGCAUUGGUGCUACUGUAGAUGCCAACAGACUACCAGCAAACACAAUGUUUGCAGGACUUCUACAACGAGGAUAAAGUGACAUAGUCCAGGACCCGAGGGAGGACAGUUUAGCGAUGGCGCUACAACACGCUACAGCAGGUCCGUUUGACAAGAAACACUUCUGUUACAGACACUUGUCUUACUUUGUUAAAGCGGUUUACCUGUCCAGCAGAAAGGUUACAGGGUCACCAAGAUCCCCAAGCGUCCCCCAUCGUUUAUGUUGACCCGGCUUUUUAGCUCUUGUCCGGUCUACCUCCGUUUUAAGCGCCCGUUAUUCCUCCAGAGUCUCCGGUAUUUACUUUGUUUUCUCGCUUGUGUCGGCAGUCGUGGCCAAAGGAGGAUUCAGACAAUUUUCCGAACUUUCUGGUUGGUUUCUACUGUCCGAUAUUGUAGCACGCUAACUUUGUUUGGGCUCCUGAACGACACGGGGGAGCGGCGUCUGCCUCACAACCAAUCAGGUUAGAGGAGGUGGAGAACGGCUUUGUUUACAGUCAGAAAGAGCGGACCGCUCAAAAACUACACAGGGAUGUCGUUAUAUUACCAAACGUCAAUCAACAACUACGGUGACCAUAUUCUUCCAGAAAGAGGACACAACUACGCAGGGGUCGGAUCGAGUGUCUUUUACGAGCUUCUAACUCAGUAAGUUAUCGUGACAACAAACUGAAACUCUUGUACAAAACCUCGGACAUUUUAAGGAUUUUAUAAACUUCUCCCAAAAAAGACGACAUGUCCUGGUAAAAGAGGACGUACGGUCACAAUAACUAUUGACUGAUAUUAAAGCUUUUUUGUUUAUACGCCAUGAAAAAAGGUGCUUCUUUAACGGAUUCCUGCCUACCCCGCCUUUAACGGUCUGCUGUCAGAGACCACAAAGACCCUCCUCCUGUGCUUUUUUCCGUCUUUGUGGUGGAAACUCUGCAGAGCGUCGGCAGGUUCAUGCUGGUUCUGCCUCCUCUGAGCUGAAAGAUAUUCAAACAUUUAAUUAAGCCACCUCAGAGCCUGCAGGAUAUGAAAAGGCAGAUCUGAAAUGCCAUUGUUGAAAGCCGUUCAGAGUUGGGAGGCUGCAGCAGAGAGUCUUAGGGUUUAAAGUGGAUGAUGUUUAAUGUAUUAAGUUUAGGAGGAGGAGGAGGAGGAGAGCCGCCUUAAUGCUCCUCACAUGAUCUUUGACGGAUCCAUCAUGUCUGUAAGAGGUCGUUUUCAGAGCCGUUCAUCCCUACAAACACAAUUAGCAGAGGAGAGAGCGUCAGAGUGAUGUUAGUGAGACGUCUUUAUUGUCUUUAUCAGUGUUUGUUUAUUUCUAACGGCAGACACAUUUGGGUUUCCUUCAGCUCAUGCACAGACUUUAAUACCUGCUAAAUGUUUAACAAAGGCCGUAAAAACCAACGCCGCUGCCGCUGCUGCUGGAACACCCUGCUUACUCAUUCACCGGUCCGGACUGAGAUUUAUGUUUCAUGAUUUCUCUGUAAAUUGGUUUCCAUGAUUUACUGGGACUCAUGUUGCAGAUUUAACUCUUUAACUACUAGAAAAUGUCCAUACAAAACUCUACAUCUACUGUACAGUUCAAGCUCAAACAGACUCUUUUCAUCGGCUGCAUCUGUGUCUGAAUUUUACAGCCGGAGCGGUAAAAACUGAAGUCCCCAAAACCAAACGUGGACCGUAGGAGUCCACUUUUAUUACAAGUGUUUAAAAACCCGAGAAAGUUCUGGAGGGAAUGAAGAGAAAUUGGGUCGGUUAAAAAGAGUGUUCAUGUGGUUCAGAACUUUGAGUCUCUGUUUUGUCGUUAACAGGGGGGGACCACGCGCCUUUUGCGGAUACACUCCCAGAUCCAGCUGGAUGAGACUUUCUGGGCGUGGCUGUCCUCUUCAGGUUCAGCCAGAGUGUGCGUGGCCGAGGCGGCGUCGUAGUCCGCCACCAGGUCUCCGUCGUACGCCACAAAGUAGCGCCUCAGUUUGUCGAAGUCCUGCACUGAGACGGGCAGGAAGAGCUUCACCCCGCUGAAGAUGUCCAGGAGAGUCUGCAGGAGGAGGAGGAGAGGAGGACAGGAGUCAGGAGCAGCUGGACCGAGAACAUCUGAUGUUUUAUAAAAAGAAACUUUGGUCUGAAUUUUCUUUGAUGUUUUCAGUUCAAACACAAGUCUAACAUUUCCUACAAAGUUCUGCUUUCUUCCUCAAGUUUUGGUUCUUUGGCACCAACAUUAACCCCCAAAAGUCCGAAACAGUUCAUGACUUGAGAUGCUUUUUGACCAAAGACAACGAACUUUUAUCUCCAGGAACUUCUCUCUUUAGUCUUCAGUCCCUGAGUCUCUUGUUCUGCUGUUUACCUGCUUUCACACAACGUCUCGAUCAGCUGCAGGAUCUUCUAGGAGGCUUCAGGAGAUGCAACAGAUCAUGCAGUUUGACUCUGAACAUGUUAUAGUGCAUGCAAGAAAGAAAGAAAGAGGGGAGCGCAGAAAAGAGACGAAGUCAAACUAAAAAAACGUAGAAAUGAUGAAACGAGCUGAAGAUAGACGACUUAGACGGCCGACUGUGACCGAGUCUAAGAGUAAAGUUAGUAACGACAGAGUCCAGGAUGUUUGGUAUUAAAGUUUCAGUUCAGACUCAUGCGGUCAGCUCUCCUCCCUCUAAUAAUCACAGCGGUGAUCUGACUUCGCCCUGACUCAGACUCAGGACCUGGACUCCAGUCUAGGACUCUGUAAACAGUCUGGAUGCGGACGCGCUCAUAGACUGACCUUGUCGUUCCUGGGCUGCAGGAGCUGAGACGUGGUCUUGGUUUUUGUUUGUCCGUUACUCUGAACACUUUCACUCUUCUUCACCUGGUGAGGAGACAGAAAAACCUUCAGCUGACGCUUCGAUCGGUCUGAUGUCAGGUUACAUCAGGCGGAGUUACACACAAACCUUCUUAGCAGAGGGAGCGUCUGAGCCCGGAGUACGAGGCUCUGAUUUGACCGCCUUUGGUUUGGGUGUGCUGCUGCUGCCACCGCCACCGCCACCGCCGCCACCUGUAAAUGAACAUCAAUCAUAUGAGCAUCACGCAGUGACAUCACUGAUUUAGUCUGGUUUUACUUGAACUUCCUGUUUUAAUGACCUUCAUCUUACAGAGAAAUAAACACCAACCUUUCUGAAACUGUUUGUUUUAUGACUUCACUGAAAAUACAGGAACUUCUGACGUCUGUGAGUCAUACGGAGGUUAAAGUCACGGUUGACGAUCGGUAAUUAUUAUGAAACUCGUUUCUAUGACUCUUGAAGCUAGCGUAGGAUCUUCAGAGGGGGUGUGUCGUGGGGAGGGUGAUACAGGUUCAGGGGGCGGAGUUAUGGUGGAGCACAGAGGGGAGAGGUUUGUGUGGAGGGUGGGGGGACGCUUUUUUCUAAUCUGCCUCUACGGCUCAGUUUCUUUCAACUGUUUCUCAGAUCGUCAACCAUGAAAAGUGUAACACCUGUUCGUCUGUAAAAACUCCUCACUGCGCCUUUAACACGUCUGCAAUGACUUGACUAAACAGGCUAACAGUAAACGGGCAGUUUGACAGUAACGGGUCACUUUAAGGCUUCUGGGUAAAUCCUCACCAUCACCACCAUUCCUGCAGCAGGAAAACUCAGUGAAGCUUCCAGUUUCGGUUCGUUAACUUACCGGCCUUCUUGGGCGUCGCGCCUCCGCCUCCACGUGACGAGGACGACGGCGAGUUCCCCCCGCUGUCCCCUCCUGAUGAGCCCUUGUCGUCGUUGGAGGAAGACGGUCCGGCCGUCACCGUGAAGUCGCAGUUCUCCUUGGAUAUGCGGUACAGCUCCUGAGCAGAGGGAUGGCGUGACAACAGCGGAGAGAUGUAACGUCGGGUGUCAUGGCAGAUUAAAGAGGCGGGCGGCUGUUACUUAGCGCAGGCGUGUUUUAUCGCCUCGGACGAUAUUUCAGCUCGUUCAUCAAGGUUUGGAGGAGAACUCUGACUGCUAAUUUGGUCCUCCUCAUUUAAAUCACUUAACUCAUGCAGUCACAGAGGAGCUUUGUUCACUUUCUCUCCUCCCCUCACUUUUAUCAUAUUGUCCUCUCUCACCCGCCGUCCAUCAUCCCCCAGAUGAAAAAUGAAAACGACAACAAACACGCCGAGGUCAAAAACUUUGUGUAUCUAGUAUCAGGCAGCGAACAGAUAUCAGCGCCAUCUUUCAGGAUAAUUGCUUCUGCCCUCAGGUAACUUCACCUCCUCUGUGAGUUCUGUCCUUGAAUGAGCCGUUAUCUAAUCUGUGAAGCAGGAAAAAGAUUGAAUUUUAACACAAUUAUCGACCUAAUCUGAGUCUGACACUGAUGCAGGAGCUGGAAACGCUUCUGUUAGAGUCGAUACGCCGAUAUCCUACCUUUGGUUAGGAGACCUCUGAAAAAAUAACCAGUUAGGAGACGCCUUCACAUCAACAAAGUCUGUUAUAGCUGCGACUAGAAGAAUGAUGUAUUUUCAUAAAUUUGAUAAAGGAGGUGCAGCUGGGAAAUAAAUCUGGUUUUUGUUAAAUUCAGAGUUUUUCCAAAAGUAAAAGAAGUGAAAGUUUGAACACUCAGUCAUUUUUGAGGCUUUCAUCUUUGACCUUUUUGUCCCUUUUGGCACACACUACUUUAGCACUGCGGCUGUGAUGGAAAAUAACGACCCUUUCAAAGUAAUGUAAGCUGAAGUAAGACUACAAUCAUGGCCGACAAUCUAGAGAUGCACCGAUUGCAAUAUUCUUGGCCGAUACCGAUUUCCGGUUUUAAAGGAGGUCUGACCUGCCAAAACCGAUUUUUCCGAUACCGAUUUUCUAUCUGAGAAAUAAUUAUAAUCAUAUAAUAGACACCAUAUUUGUUUUCCCAAUUUUAAUUUAAGUACCCCUCUCCCAGACAACAUUUUGCUUAACUGCAAUUAAAAGCACAACUAAUGGUAGGCUAUAUGCUAUCAUAACGCCCCUUUUCAAGAAUAAAACCUCACAAAUACGAAAUAGAGUGAGAGUGUCAACAGUGCCUCCUGAGCAGAUUUAUUUUCAACACUGACCAUAACAUUCAGUCCAGUUUACAGGUCAAUAACUAACUUACAUUCAAACAACAUUCAAAAACGUCCCAGCAUUUGCCUGGUACAAUGUAAUUUAUUGACUACCCCUCCAGUACCUCUCUCAAACGACUCUGGCAGCGCUGUGUCAGAAAAGUACCGCCUACUUGGUAGUUUGUACCAAUCAACGCCUAAGACAUUUGGAACAACAAACUUAAUACGCCACUUGGAAAAGAAGCACCCAGGCGUGUUUAGCAAAUAUAAGGACGAAGCUGCCGCUAAGAGGAGGGAUGCAGCAGAGUCGCAGCGACCACAACAACCCUCCGCCGUGGCUCAUAUGUUCGACAUCAGCACUGAAAAGUCCAAAGCCACCACUAGGAAAAUAAUGGAGCUCGUGGCCCUGGAGGACCAGCCGUUUAGCGUAGUACAGGAUAAAGGCUUCGUAAAUCCGGUGAAACACCUGAGUCCACGGUACAAAUUACCAAGUCGGGUGUUUCAUCAGAUUUACCAAGCCUUUAUCCUGUACUACGCUAAACGGCUGAGUUAUCGGUGCAUCUCUAGUCUGCACCGGUGCUCACUUAUGGCAGGAUUUACAGGUAGUGCGCCGGCAAAAAUGGAGGAGGAGGAAACAACAAACUAAUAUAAGUUCCAUAUGUGUCCAUCUUUGUCUUACUGACAAAAUAAUCACAAAAGACGUGGUUUGGAAAGAUCAAACUAAAGUCGGAAAUCUUCCUCUGUGCUGAGGUUUGAUUUGAUUGGUCAGGAGUGAGGAGGCGUCCCAUACCUGCCCGUCUUCUUUAUACCCUCCCAUUUCAACCGAGGCGCACUCCACAGCUGUGAGUGGAACUUCAUUACGUGUGACACUCUGUAGAGAAGGGCGAGUGUGUCGGGGUCGGUUUGGGAUUGGACCGAAAUGUCCAGACUGGCUCUACGUGUUACACUCUCUGGGGUCAGCUGACCGCACUUAAGGCCUCUGAUUGGUGGAGAUGCCCUUAACAAAGAUGGCAGCUUAGUUUAGUAUCUUAAGCUAACCAUAAAAAUUGUGAUAUUGAGCGGUUUAGAUGCAAAGAUCGUCCCAAAAUACAAUCAAUGUUUAACCGUGUUUAAAUAUAACAGUGAAUUCUGAAUCCCCAAAAAGAGGACGCGACUGCGCGGGGCAGAGUCACAGAGAAGUACAUUUUGGGAGUAUUUUGGGUCGGGUCAGUACAAACUUAAAACUUCCAGACAAAAAGGCGGAUGUUUAAAGGAUUUUAUAAACUUCCCCAGAUGAAGCCGGACAGCCUCCAGAAAAGAGGACAUGUCCACGUAAAAGAGGACGUAUGGUCACCCUGUUGUCAUGGAGGUGGUCUCCUACCUUUAACUGGGUCAGGUUUGUGGCCGUCUUCCAGUCCUUGUCAUCGCGGAUGCGGGUCAUUCUAGGGAAGCGGAUGGAGAUGCCAUCAGCGGUGUGCAUCUCUGACUUGGAAAACUCCGCCCCUGUGAUCUCCCAGACGGGCGCUUGCUGCAGCAGAAGAAACAAACAGUCAGAUAUAGGAAUAAAAAGUCAUUUUAACUUCAAAUGGAGGAGCAGAAAGAGAAAAGACUGAACUAUUCCUCCUCUGCUGCUGCAUGGAGACGAGUUUGUGGAUUUCAUUAGAGCUCUAUUCCUGGACUUGAGCAGCAGAGAGGGUCGUUUCUGAGCUGCUUCUAUCCUUGACUAUUUUUAGAGGAGAUGCCGUUUGAAAACACCUCCCAGCUCUGCAGCUGCGGUGGUCAUUAUCUCAGUACGUUUGAGAGCAAUUUAUGUGGAGAUUUGUCUCCAAGAAGACACAUGCAAGAGUUUCUGCAGAUAUACGGCCGGGCUGAAAAUGUGCUGAGGAGAGAGAUCUCACCUCAGGAUCACGAAUAAUGAAAUCAGGAUAAUAGUUCUUGAUGAUUUUCAGCC